GCUUUGAAGGUUAAGGAAAGAGUUUUUGCUCUCCUCUCUCUUCCGCUUUUAGUUGCUCAAAGUCCAUCUGAUGUAAGAAACUUCCUGACAGGCUUGCAGUGCUGAGGUGACUGUGCUAAAUUAGGCAAAGGGUUAAACUGACAGUAAAACUAUUGGCAAGCUCUACCCUGAGUAAAAUAGGAUUUGUUUAAAGAAAGAAUUUGUUCAUUUGUUGCUCUGACAGUGACAAAUUAGUUGUUUUCCUUUUGCUUUAAACCUCAAAAAUAUGAGGCUGCUUUUAAAAACAAUCCAAGGCCUCGACAAGGUGUUUGGACAGCAAAAGCAUUGUUGCAUGGCUCCCAGUCUAGACAAUUAAGUUUUGAAAAGAGACAACUUAAAGGCUGAUUUUUAUCUCUGUUCAGCUCAUAUAAUUUGAAAGUUCAUGUGUAAAAGCUUUUCUAAUGUUCUCCACAGCUUGUGAGAAGUUUAGCGAGGCAGUCUUAGGGAGUGCAAGGUCACUGGUUUAGAUCCAAGGUCUGUUUGGGAAAGUUUGAGCAAGGGUAAUGAAAAUGGAGAACCGCUUUCACUGCCAAAUGCUCCACUGGAGCACAAAGAUUCAGUUAUACAGCAGGGUUAAAAAGGGCUUGCUGGUGCACAGUUAGAGAACUUGGUGACUAAAAUCCUAAAAUUAUGUUUGAUUGUAAAGGUGGAGCAGGUGAACCUUUUCUCGCUGCUUUUAAUUUGUAAAAUAGGAUACUUCCUGUCAAAAUACAACAGAAACUAACUUUUUCUUCCUUCUUUCAAGGCUUAGAUGUGAAUCUACUUCCAGUAUUUCAGCUCUUUUUUAAAUCUUUACAUUGGGGAGUAGUGGGCUUCCUGCCUUCCAAAGUAACAGCGAUUAACAGCUCAAGUGUUUUCAGUGUAAACAGAAAAAUAACAAGCACGCAACUUCUGAACACCAGUUUUCUUUUGAUAAAGGAAAAUGCUGAUUUUUCAACCAAUCCCAAUUCAACCAGUUUGUUUGUCAGAUAAAGAUCAGACGGUUUGAGGAGGAGUACACUUAUCUAGUCUGUACAGGAAAGCAAAGAAAGCGUUUUUUGUUGUCCCACCAAGAAUGCAUGUCUGUUUGUAGUGUCUCUUCAGGCAUUAAAGCAUGAUGAUGAUUUUUGCAGAGCAUAGAAAACAAUAAUUUUGAUGCAAGAGCCUCGUUUACAGGACUAAAGGUUGCCUAUCAAAGUGAAAACAAGUAAACCUUUGCUUUCUAACGGGACAUCAAUCUUACCGGUUUUAGCGUUGAUGUUGGCCCUCAGAAUGUCCCCACUAGAAACAUGUUUGAGUCCAAAACUUUUGGUAAUGCGCGCAGACACUGUUCCUUUCCCUGAACCAGGAGGUCCCAUAAUGACAGCACGAAAAAUCCGCUGAAGACUCAUCACUGGACGAUUGAAAGUUAAGAGUUUUAGUGUUUGAAAGCGGGCAAAAGCCGUGUCCUUCCCAUGAAACUCCUCUAUCUGGAUGCUCCUCCGCCGCGCCUGGGGUCAAAGCAGGUACUUUCUCUUCCAAAGAAGUGCGCAACGUCGCCGAGAGUGGGCGCGUCUUCUGUGGGUCUCCGCCGGACCGUGGCUGUUCUGCCCCUACGUUGCAGAAACAGGAGGAAGAGGAAAAGGAGGAGGAAGGGGACAAAAGGGGAGGAGGAGGAAAAAGACGAGAAGUGCAACCAGUAGUGUCAAUGUCAGCGGGGGCAGAUGAGGAUAAACUCUCCUCCUCACGACACGCUGCCAGCCAGCGAGGGAAGCGUUUUUCUUCUACGUGUUGUCCAACUUGUCCUCGUCGAUGUUGCAGUUUCACUGUAGAUGUGUGUUUAUUGUAUAGUCCCGUUAUGUAAUUGGACUACAGGCGGAGACAAGCUUGUUGGAAAGGUUUGCGAUGAUUAAUCCCUUCCGAGCCUCGAUGCCCCAAACGGACAGAGCUGCUGAAUGGAGGACAGACUGAACAUCAACUCGUCUGCUCUCUUAACUGUUUAUGAUCUUAAAUGUAGAAGAUCGUUUUAAUCCAUCUGAAAUCUAGCUGAAUACAACAAACAAAACUAUAACAUCCAGUAGCCGUGUACAUUUUACUCAUCAUCAAUAUGUUUAAUUCAAAUUCUCGAAAUGAUUUUAAAGUAGGCGAACAUAAACGACAUGAUCCAAAAUGUUGGUUCUUUUCGGAUUUGUUUACAUUUUUAUCAUGUUUGGUGCCUUUAAGGUGUCACAUGUUAAAAUAAAGACACACCUACAAAGCUUUAUGAAAGGUCACUGGCGCCAUCCUGUGGCAAUCAAAGGUAACCUACCCCUAAUCGUGAUGGGCACGGCAAGUCUUUUAGGUGAUCUGAAUCACUAGAAUCGGUUCACUGAAAAGAUUCGUUCAAAAGAUUCGUUCAAAAGAUUCGUCCACCGAAUCAUUUAGCGGGAGAAGCCUGCGACUCAGAACUCCUGAACUAAUACACAGCUGAACGGUUCAGGAUUCAGUUCAGAUCAUAGCUUUUGGGAUCAGGAGACAAGCGUGUUUGGCUGUGUUGCUUUGGCUAACAGGGUUUUAAAACUGAACUUGGGUCCUUUCACACUGGGACGGUGUUUGUCGCGGGAUUAUUUCUGAUGUCAAUAUUUCUUUUCGAACCUGUAUCCUGUCGAUACAAGCGUUCACAUCAGUGACGUUUUCCCAUUCUGUGAUAUUGCGUCAUUUAUUUUUCAGGAUCAUGGUAGAUUUUUUUGAAGUUUCACAUACUGUGUGUCCACUUCUGGCCAAUCAGAUUGCGUGUUGUCACGACGUCAGUUUUACCGAUAUAGCCAACAUGGCCGAUCGGCUGAUUGUUUACAUGUCAGAGAACAGAGUGCUUUUUGAUAAAAGACACAAAUAUUACAAAGAUACCAACCUGACGGACAACUUGUGGAGAGUCAUAGUGUUGGAUCUCUCAUAUGACGAUAGUUUGUGUGCUUUAACAGUUUGCUAAAUGUCUUUGUUUGAACUUUCAUCUGUGCUAACACAUGCUAGCGUUUGUUACCAUAGUUUCAUGUGCUUAUCUUAUUGCCUCUCUCUAGGUCGUCCUCAGACGAGUCUUCCAUCAUCGCUUCCAGUCAUCCCGAUUCUCCAUACAUCUCACCAUAGUCACCUAUACAGGGGUUAGGGAUCCAUUUUGGACACAGCCUAAGUGAUUCAGGCGUAGGUCCCUCCUUCGUCCCUGCUGGCCUGGCAAAGCUGUUUCUCACUUCAGCUCAACUGAAGUGAGAAACGAACUAAUUACUCAAGGAAGUGAUUUGGUUCAGUGCGUUCACUUAAAAGAGUCGGUUCUUUUGAAAGAAUCGUUCGCGAACGACACAACACCAACCCUUAAUAAAAAAGCCUUUUUGGUCCUCUCGCUCUGCCGUAGUUUCGCUCCUGUCCAACGCCUUCCUGCACAAACACACGUGGACUUCAACUGACGCCAGGCACAAACAACAAUAACAUGGAAAGCCACGGACUCACAUACGACGGCUGCAAUUUUUUCAGACAGCGGCUUGUUUUGUCCACUCUCAGCGGCAAGCGGGUGAAAAUAAAGAAUAUAAGGUCUAAAGAUGACAACCCAGGGCUCCGCGGUAAGUUUGAGCGUCACUCUGCUCUACAUGUGGCGUCGCAGUUAGCUCUGAGGCUAACCAGCUAGCUGUUACGCAGUUGGGAGUGUGUUUGAUCCCUGGGCGUAGGAGAUGGAGUAACGACAGGACAGUCAUGUAAAUGUAGAAAAAUGACAUAUUUACUUUUCUCUAAACACAAAUGUCUUCAUGUUGCUUUUAAAAAGUUUGCUUUCAGAGCAAACAUGCUCAGUUUAUGUGUGGUUUAUCUUUGCAUGUGUGAGUAAGAGCUUUGAGAAGUUUCCAAAGUGGACAUGGGAAUUCCUUUAGACUUGUUUCCAUAUGUUUUGGUAUUCAUUGAAUUUAUAUAUACAUUUUUUAUAAAUCAAUCAACCAAUCAAAGUUUAUUUAUAGAGCACUAUUCAUAUAAAUGAAAUUGCUGCUCAAAGUGCUUUACAUCAGGACAAGAGAAAUAAAAGUUAUUAAAAUAGACUUGGACAAUAAAAUAUAAACUUGAAUUUAUUAAUAAAAUAAGGAAAAAAUGAUACUAAAAAAUAAAAAAUAUAUAAUAGUAAUUAAAAUAAUGAAGCUUUAUAUAAAAGCCAGGCUAAAUAGAUGAGUUCUUAGGUUAUGUUUAAAGAUUUCUAUAUUUGCAGCUUGUCUCGGACCCUCUGGAAGUUUGUUCCACAGCUAAAAGAAGCAUCACCAAAUCUUUUUGUCCUGCUCUGUGGAAUUAAUAAAAGAGAAGAUUGAGAGGAUCUAAAAUCUUCUUUGUGAGGUAUUCUGGUGCCAGGCCAUGUAGAGCUUUGUAAACUAGUAAAAUCAUUUUAAAAUCAGUGCUAAAACUUACAGGCAGCCAGUGCAAAGACUUUAAAAUGGGUGUAAUAUGAGCUCUUCCCCUGGUCCUAGUCAAAACUCUAGUAGCCGAGUUUUGGAUCAAGCAGCUCUAGUUUGCUUUAUUAAAGUAUCUGAAAGUUCGGCAAGCUUUGAUUUAAGGCGUCGACAUUGAGAAAUAUUUGUUUUCUGAAUGUCUUUUCAGAUUUUGAGGCCAGCUUCAUAAGACUGCUCGACAAAGUGACCAAUGGCUCCAGAAUAGAGAUUAACCAAACAGGUGAGUGUUAAAGUUUGGAUGGGAGUGUAAAAGUAUGUCCGUCACAGACUGUGGGGUUUAUGUAAUUGCUGUUUACUGUCAAAGAGGAAUAACAGAGUGUUGACAUUUUAGUAGUGUCACCAACUGACAGAAACCUUGCAUUUGGAAACGAUCUUUGCUGUUGCAUUUCCCUCUUUAAAGGUGUUUUAGUCUCAUCAUUGCAUCACAUUUGCAUCCUUUACAUUUGGUAUGAAUGUCAUGUAAAUUUUUGUGAUUUUAAGGCUUGUCACAGUAACCAUGUAUGGAAUGAAUAUAUGCAAAGAAAAAAAUAUGAAGGAGUUUGAGCUUGUAGCUUGAGUGAUCUCAAUAUGCGAAUAUGAUAUGCCUUUUAGAAUAGAAACAAACAUACAUAUAUUAUGAGAAGUGGAAUUAGAAAGCCCAUAAAGAUCACUUUUGGUACAACUGUAAAACGUGACCUGAAAAAAGUGUCAUCUAGGUCUUGCUCGAGAACUAGGUCUUACUGUUUUGUUGUAAUAUAAUUAGGGAGUGUUAAUAACGUCAAAGCUGCAGUUGACACUGUUUGCUGUAGGCCAAACAAUUUACACAAGAUCAGCCCUGGUUAAUUUCGCGUCACAACUUUCCAUCAUAUACAAAACAGAACAAACAUCCCAUGUUUUCAGAAGGAGAAAUGCAGUUCAUAGUAGGUAUAGAAGUAGUUGCCUCUUCUUUCUCUAGCUUACUAAAUGGCUCCCAAAAAAUUGAGUAAAAGUUCCUGCAGCUUUCUUACUCUAAAAUCAUUAUCCUAAAUUCAGUUUCAUUUACUUCACAACAGCAAGUCUGUUAAUUGUCGACUACUGUAACUCACUCUUUGUUUGUUUGUUUUCUCCUUGCAGGUACGGUGCUCUUCUACCAGCCUGGCCUGUUGUAUGGUGGUGCUGUAGAACACGACUGUAACACUCAACGCUCAAUCGGCUACUACCUGGAAGCUUUGUUGAUGCUGGCUCCAUUUAUGAAGAUGUCCCUGAAGGCCACACUGAGGGGGGUGACCAACGACCCCAUUGACCCAACGGUAAGGAUAUGCAUGUAUCGGCUUCUUCCCUUUAGUAUUCUCUCAUAGACAUUUACUGUGUCUAUGGCACAUCUGGAUGCAGCUAAAGCAUUCCUUCAUGACAAAUAAGGUUUAAUUUCUAUUUUCAUGUUUUUGCUCUUUUAUUUGAGUGUGUCUAAUUUUGAGUGUGUUAUGUCAACAAACCACCAGCAAGAAAGCAGUGUGCUAAAGAAAUGAAAGGUGUGUUGUCAUAGAAACUGAGCAGCAUCUGUAUUUGUUGCCGUGAUGGCAAAAUGAAUCAGUUUCGACUCUCUCUGUGGUAUUUUUGUCGAGGUAAUUAACAUUUUCAACCCUUUUGAAGGAAAGGGAACGUUUUUAAGAGGAUAUAAACAAUCAAUCUCCUGCAGGUGGACCUCCUGAAGUCCUCUGCCCUCCCAGUGAUGAAGAGGUUUGGCAUUGAUGGAGAGGGAUUCGAUCUGAAAGUGAGGAUACACUGUGGCCUGUUGAUAAAACUAGAGUAAAAUGAUAAAUUUUAACCUAAAUAUAACUUGGAAACAGGUCAAUCCAUGUAUCUCAUGCCUCUUGCUGCUCCCUCAGGUGGUGAAGAGGGGUAUGGCACCUGGUGGAGGAGGAGAAGUAGUUUUUACUUGUCCUGUCCGCAGGACCAUCAAACCGGUGCAGCUUGCUGACCCAGGAAAAAUCAAGAGGAUCAGAGGAGUGGCGUAUCCUUCUCAAACUCGUUUUUCAACAAAAAUGGAGAAGAACUAGGCUUGUCUGGACUCUUUUUUACUGCUUAGAUACUGUGAAUCAUUGCGUCAUUCAGGGUUGUAACUGAAUAAAAAGAAAAUUUAAAUCAGAAUCUUUUAGAUUUAUUGGCUGCUAGGAGCUCUAAUGAGUUAAAGAAAAUGGCUAAAAACUUUCUGCUUACAAAUUGGUGAAGUUACCAGUCUUAAGACAAAUCCUUCUCCGAAUAAGUUGUGGUUCAGUGAUAGGAUAGUAAACAAACCUGUUGUUUUUUUGCUGCAGUUUGGUACACAGCACUGUCUGUCAUUGAAAUGGCAACUUUUGAUAGAUGAUUUACAACACAAGAGGCUUCCUUGUCUCCAAACAUGUUGGUAAUUUAGUUUUCAUUUUAAGCACAGUACUUUUAAAAUUUGUUUUCUUGUCAGUUUUGAGAUCAAGCCCCCUUUUCACUGUUGACAGACCUGCACUGUUCAAAGACUUCAGAAGUCCUUAACUGUAUAACUCCAGGUACUCUGUGCGAGUCUCUCCUCAAAUGGCAAACAGGAUAGUGGAAUCAGCCAGAGGGGUCCUCAACCAAUUCCUUCCAGACAUCUACAUCUACACCGACCACAUGAAAGGACCAAACUCUGGCAAGUGAGUACCUCAGCAGUAAUCUUGGGCCGUUACCUAUGGGCCAGAAAGUUCUGCACACUCUUUCUUUUACACUCCUUUUGGUCCCAGUUUGAUCCAAUUGUAUGUAAGUAUGCAAAUAUAUAUGUACGGGAUUGCAGCCUAAAGUAAAGUCUGGUUUUUGGCACUAGUAUCACCUCUUAGCCCCCACUAAAAAAAUAACAUCUUGUAAUUUUGAACCAAAUCUUGUACAGAGCUCUUUGUAAUCGAGGGUUGUACUGUUAUAGCCUGGGUUGUUACAGAGAGAACGUCAGUUUUAAAUAUAAAACGGUUAAUUUAUUGGCAAGUUGAAGCAGCGUCAUCUUCUCCAGAGAAGGACAAUAAGUCAUUUUGUUCCGGUUUACCUCAGGUCUCCGGGUUUUGGUCUGACCAUCGUGGCGGAGACACUGAACGGCUCGUUCCUCAGUGCUGAGAUGUCGUCCACGCCGCAGGGUCAGGGAGACCCCGUGCUACCAGAGGACCUCGGCAGGAACUGUGCCAAACUGCUUCUGGAGGAGAUCCAUCGAGUAAGUGCUGCAGAGAGCUCACAAAUUACAGAAAACACACCAAUGUCCAUGUUUUGUUUAUGACAACUAGCGAAAAGGCGACAGUUGGAUUUAUUUGUGUGUGGCUGACUUCAACUUCAUAUAGUCUCUUACAUGAAUAUGGAAAAAUAGCAUGGCUGUGUUUAUUUGGAAAAACUAAACUGUUCUUUGUUUUUGCUGAAGGCUUUCAGGUUCAGGUUCAGGUUGUGGUGGAGCCUGUUAAACAGGAGCAUUUGUAGCACAGACUGUUUAUCUAAAACUGAAAAGUGUGACUGAAGUAAAGGCCAGAUAUUAAGUAACACAGAAAGAACGUUAAUUUCUAAGCUUUCUAAAUCCAUGAUAAUACAAUCAUUUAAAUACAUAUACAAAUGUGUGGACUUGAUUAGUUCUUCAGUUUCUGGAUUAUUGUAGCCCCAAAAACACACACACACACACAUUUAUAUGACAUUACUGGAGUUACAUUAGUCCUUCUACACAUGGUUUUACAGUAAAGAAGUAAUUGGAAUGACAGAGUUUAUGUUACCAUGGUUACUCACUGCAUCAGCCAAUCACUGGCCCUGCACAGACAGAACAAGGAAGAGGGAGAGGGACUGCUGUCUGCUCCUUCAACAAUCUUCAUAAGUUAAGGAGUUCAUAAAUUUGCUCAAACAGCACAACUUGUUUUUGAAAGUUUCAUCUGCAGUUUUUUGUUAUUAGUUGAGUCUUGCAUAGGGAGGGUUAUUAAUGAAUUAGGGGUCAUGAUCCAAUUUAAAGUAACUUCUCAAUUUGAACCAAUUUGUGAUUCUUUUGCUUCUAUAAAGGGGGAUACUUAUUUCAGUCUGCUGUGUUUGUUCUGACAUCAAAGGAAAAUGUAGUUAAGUUUAUGCAAUAGUGUUUGAAAAUGUCAACUGCAAUAAUGUAAACACACAGAGGCAAAACUAAGACGGAAGGUAACUAUUCUUAUGCUAAACUUGCAAAAAUGAAGCUUUAUUUGAACCUUUUGAAUUUUCAACCACCAAAUGCGAAUGUUUUUUUAAAGUGUCGGUUUAGUUUGGUAAACCUACUCGCCAUUGUAGCGUGUAAAUGGAAGUGGGACUGAAGAGAGCGGUUACUGACAGACCUCAACAUACCCAGACUCAAACGCUCAUAACAGCAGCGCUAGUGUGCAUGCUUAUUCUCAAUGCAUCUCUUGAGGUCUGUGGGCCUGAAACAGUGACUGUGUGCUGGACUUGACAGACAAACUAUAAUAAGUAGGACUGCAGGUUGAUAAUAUCAGCAGAGCAGCUGGAGAAUCACCUCACUCUGGACAAAUCCAAUUUCUAGGGGAAUACCUGACAUACGCAGUCAGGACACAUAACAACCUAAGCAUGCAACAAUUACAUUUGCUGCCCUUGUUUGCCCACAUUCCCCCGUAAUCAUCCAGUCUGGAAGUCAACGGACUGUGGACAAGAACCACAAUGCAGGGGAAACACAGAAAAUGGUUGAUUCAGUUGAAUGUUUGAUCAGACGUUAUCUCAGCUCUUGGAACCCUGGAAACUAUCAUGGUUCAAGUAUGAGAACUUAUCAGAAACGAAAAUAGAACAAAAUAAACUUGUUUGCUUAGGAGGACAAAAAUUGCGCAACUUCUGAUCCACAUGUUUGAGCGAUUUGUAAUGUUCUUGGAAUAUGAAUUUAUUUACCCUGUUAUCUAGAUAACUAAACAAAAUUUUUAAAGCUUUGGAGGCAGGUCCUUCUAAUUCUUGCUUGAUGUUCAACUUCAGUCUCACAACAGUCUGGGGUCUCCACUGUGGUAUUUUGCACUUCAUACUGUGCCACACGUUUUUCAUGGGAAACAGGCCCCUCUCUAGGACCCACACUCCUUUAUUAUGAAGCCUCGCUGCUGUAACACGUGCAAACCUGGAAUUACCUGUCGCAGGCAUCAAACUAAAAUGAGUGAAUAUUUGCAAUAAAACUUUGAAGUUGAUCAGUUUAAACAUUUGAAUAUAUUGUAUCUGAAUAAGGCUAAAAAAAGAUUUGCUAAUAGUUAUCAGCUCCUAACUCUUAUUUUUCUCGUUCAGUAAAGCUGCUCCAGUGCCAAACUUGCUGUCCUUUUCAUCAACCCAAGAGUUAGUAAAGAGGAAACAUCAGGGCAUCACACUCCAAGCUGUAUUUUUAGUAAAUGUGACAUUGUCAAAGUUGGCAUUUCGAGACUUUUUCCGCUUAUCUCAUAUGGUCAGUGAGCCAGCUGACGGUUAAUGACAACCCCUGUGUCAGGAAAAAGAGCCACUUCAUCGCAGUUUGUACAAUUAGAUCCAGUCAUUGUGUGACUUGAGUUUGCCUCCAGCCAUGUGAGUCCAGUUAGCUGGUCAGGGCAGUGCUGAUUAACUCUGAAACAGGGAUAUUGUUGGAUGCGUCCUCUUCACUCCUGCAUACAGAGAGGGUGAGGUUUCUCCUCAUAAAGGGUAGUCCUGGAGCACGGUGGAUUAAAAAAGUGCAGCUUUUAAUCACUUGAUCCUUUUUUCUUUUUUUUUUGAGUAGAUCAGGAGCUCCUGUUGUAAGAAGUAGCACUACUGAACCCUUUUACUGUAUUUUAAUCUAAAACUCUAUCAGCAGGACAGCGUGAUUUCUACAGCCAGGGAGAAAAGAGGAGAGGAUUAUUCUGGAUGAAAAGUGAAUGUGUUUUUUCAUUUUGUAUGUAAAGAGUUCAUAAAAACGGAGGAAGCACAAGACAUUUUCUGGAUUGGCAUUAAUGGGCUCAGGCGCUCUGUAUGUGUGCGUCUGUUUGUUUUAUGGUUAAUCAGUACAGUCUUCUUGUAGUAAACCAAAGCUUCACGAUGGACAUUUUGUUAUUGGAAGCAACAUCAACACUGGACUGGAGCUGAUGUAAGUGGUGAACUCCUCAUAUUUGCUGGUUAAACGUUUAAACCGCUUUGUUGUUUUUUUUUAAGGUUCUGUGUAUGUUCAGAUUAUUUGUGUGUUAAAAUCCUUUUUUUGUGUUUAUUUGAAGCUGUUGAACUGUUGUGGUUACACACAGAGUCUUAAGAAUUUAAGGCCAAAGUCAAGUGGAAAUGGCUUUCCCACUUCAUGCAAGUACUGCUGUUGAGAUUCUCCAUGUAGUUAAGAAAAUCUUACAUUGUUUCAGAAAAUUUAAGCUGACCUGAACAAGUUUUUUCCUGGUACAGAAAUAUAAAUACUAAAAGGGUUAUUGGUUUGAUAUUUACAGCCUAAAGUUGAUCAGUUUAAGAUUGAAUUCUUGAACUUGUUGUGGUGUGUCUGCACCUGUGCUGUCGGCUGAGGAGGUUGUCUAGAAUUCAAGGGACUUUUCCAUACGUCUUGUGGGCUGAUGGCCUCUUGGGAGCUCUCAAACGUCUCGUGUUUUCUCUAAAAGGCAGGGCUUGAAAUUCACUCUCAGAAAUGGACCCGAUGCAUUUAAAGUAAUUGUACUAAAAUGAAGCUGCUUGUUGAGAAGGAUGUGCCAAAUGAAAAGUGCAGAAGAAGAGACAGUUCAGAAAAAGAGUAACCUCUUUCUGCCAAAAAAAAAGUGGCCUACAAAGGUAAGAUGCUCAGCAAGAAGUUUACAAUACUUGAUCUGUUCUUCAUGUUCGUAGCUGAUGUCUGUAAAGGAGUAUAAAAUGCAAUGUUAGAACGAAAUUUAUCUGUGUAAAUUGAGAAACUGUGGAAAACACUUGGGAUUAAAGUGUAGUCUGCCGAAGUUAACAGGCCAUGUAUUUAUAUAGAUUCAUCUUAACAGCCCAUGUAGGUAAAUAAUCUUCAUCCAGUUGUUGAAGAAAAGUUGUUCAGGAAGGAAACUGCUGCUUCAUCAACUGAGACAGUCCAGCUAUAGUCUCACUCUUAAUUUGUUGAAAUUAUCAUGUAAUUGAAUCAUACUUCUGCUGCUCAUUUAUAUAGCAUGACUAUACGAUAUACUUGAUUAUAAUAGAGCAAGUGUUUUGUUUUGGUCUUAAUGCUGGAUAGUAAAAUGUAAACGUUAAACUGCAGCUCAAACUCAGUGAAUAAGAAGACUUUGGGAGGUCCAGUUUUGCGUUUUCACUUAAUUUGACUAAAAGCACAUAGCUGUUGUUUAGUAGUAACAAUGGCAUGUGUUUACUCAAAUAUAAAGAGUGGAUCUCCUGUCCUCUAAAUAUUGUUGUGACCACAAAAGGGGGAAGCAGUUAUAAAGGUAUUUGAGGUCUGAGAGACAAAAGUGCUUCAUUAUUUUUCGAUGAUGAGGAACUCUGAGUAUUUGUUUUUCCUUUUUUAGAUUUCAGUUUAAGACCUUACCACACUUUAUUUGCUUCCACAGCGGAAAGACCUCUCACCCACCAGACCCUCUCUUGGCUCCUUCCCAUGUUUUCUAUCGAGUCUAAUUUGCUCUCUUGUGUUUGACCCGAGAUAAUCAAACAGUCAGAGGGUUGCUGAGUUCUUUUUCUCCACCUCCAUGACGUAUUUCUGUGUUGUUGGUGUUGCUCACACACGUCAACUUCCUUUUAGGGUGGCUGCGUGGACUCGUCCAAUCAAAGCCUGGCGCUGCUCUUGAUGACCCUUGGCCAACAGGACGUGUCAAAGGUUCUGCUGGGACCACUCUCUCCCUACACGUAAGCCAGCCGGUCAUUCAGUAAUAGAUGAACACAAAGCUGCUCGCCCCUCUGAACUGUAAACAGGCUGUUGGCUUAUUUAUAAGUGAAUCGAUGCACUUUGUCCAAACCUAGGACUCAAAGGACCUCACAUUUGUUAUUCUUCAACUUCUUUAAUGGUGGCGAUCGACAGUAUUACAAAGUUCUGUUUUAAAUAUCGGAUAGGAACGUCAGGAUAAACACCAGAGGCAAUAAAAACAUGCACCUUAUCGAAUACCUCAAGCUGUUCAAACUGAAGGAUUUCUUAAUGAAAUAAGAAAGUCCAAUAAUGCAAGAAUAAUGAAAGCAGAAGGAUAUUAACCCAAAAAACAAUUAUUAUGAAGAGGCUUUUUAUACUAAUCCAUAUUUAAAUAUUAACAUUUAAUGUUACUGUGUUGGAUAUCAACACUAAAUCUCAGCAAAAUUCCACAACAUGAGAUCCACGGAUGGUGGCGUAGUCCCCUCAUUCCAAGUUUUUUUCAUUGUCUCUUGUGCCGAGAUGUGGCAAAUGGACAACCUGGUGUCAUUGCUCAACGACAAUCUCGGACACACCCACCCAGAUGCUAGAAAGUCCAUGUCAUCACUCGGCUUUCCCCACUCUCUGUAGUUAGACAAACCAGUACAUCUCUGAAAGAUGCUCCUAAUUCUUCUUGUUGGGGUAGUAAAAGCAUCAAAAUAUUGAGUAAGUGAUUUUUUUAAGAACUGACUCCCAACACUUUUCUAUUAAGUUAAUUAAAAUAAUGAUUACAAUGAUGAUGAUAAACUUUAUUUAUAUAGCACUUUUCAAAGAGGAUACAAAGUGCUUUGCAAAAUAAAAUGAAAAUCAGGGAAUGAAAAAUAAAUUUGAGGAGCACAAUGACUCAAGAUUUGAAAAUUGAUGAUUCAACACUUAAAUUUAAGAAAGAUUAAAAGAAUGAAAAAAUGUUUAUAUAUCAAUGACACAAAUGAGGAAGAAAUAGAGUCAAAUAAAACAUUUGCACCACCAAAACAAAUAAAAAGUUUUGACUAAAAUCUAAUCUUAUCUAUAAAAAAAAAAAAAAAAAACAUGAUGCUGCUGGUGAUUUUUUUUGAAGGAAAAAAAAAACAGCAUCUGAAGGGUUAAAACAUGCUCAGAUAACAUCUGUAAGAGCACACCUAUAAAGAUGUGUUUUUAAAAAUGAUAUAAAGCUUGCUGUCCUGAUCUUCUCAGGUAGGUUGUUUUAGAGGGUGAGGCUCUAAAAAAAUUGGCCGGUCAACUUUGGUGGAGAUCGAGAAUGUGGUCUUUUAUUCAGCUAUCUGAGUGAUUUUUUUUACGUUUGAAGCUUGUUUCAAUGCAAGCCAACAGGUUAGAGCUGUUGCACAGCUGUCUGCCAGGUCUCAAUGAGCUCUCUUUUUAGGGGAGCAAUACAAAAUGUUAUAGAGACACAAAAGUUGAGAACUUUUUACAGGACAUGUCCGAAUCUCUGCAUACCAGCAACAUUGGUGUUGUUUGAGCAUGUGUUUUCAGCAGCUGGACCACAGUGACCCAGUUUUUCCUCGUUAAACGUCUGUCAGGGGACUGACUCGUCAUUUUUAUUAUCUUAUUAUAACUUAAUUCAUUUCAAACAUAUUUAAAAAAGCAAAUGGCUACAACAGUUUGUGCUCUAUACAGAGUGUGUACCUUAAAUAUUCUGUUGGAAGUGUGUAGGUUGAAGUGUAGAGCUUAUGUAGUCUCUUGCCUCUUCGUCCAUUUGAAAUCAUUUAAUCGAAAUCUAUCAAAUCCAAUGUGAGGCCUUCAAAUUAACACAAAAAAGAUGCUCAUAAAUGCAGCCUGUAACAUGUUGAGUAUGUGUCACUCAGUCAAAUGUGUUUGGUGUCUGUAUUUGAACUACUUUAAUUUCUUGUAAAUGAAUAGUUUGAGCUGCUUUAAGAAAGCAGAGAGCUAAUGAAGUGAUUGUCAUCACAGAUGAGGAGGGAACUAUGAACUGUCCAUUUUCAGUUAUCAUGGUACCGGUGCUGUGUCCCUCUCAAGUACAGUACUAUGAUAACUGAAGAUUGGCAGUGCCAUCACAAUACACUCCUCACUCCACUGAAGGCUGCUGUUGACUCACAACACAAGCUGUUGUUUGAAGCAGAAAACAUGAGGUCAAAUCAGGACACUGUGUUCUUAAAGGGAUAGUUCUUUUUUUUUUUUUUUUUUUAAAUUGGGUUAUUUGAGGUACUUGUCAAUAAGUGAGUGUAUCACCCGCAGGAGAUCAUCAAGGCCGUGGAUUUUAUUUUUAAAAAAGUAGGAACUGGUGAAUUGAGCAGGUUGUGUGCGAAACAUUUUCAAGCUCCAUCAGUCACCAUCAUACUCAGUAGGCAGUAGGCUAACGAAUGGACCAAUAAGUUAAGUAUUUCAAAAACUGUAAAUCCAAAAGGUAGCAGGUUUGGUACUUUGAAAUACCCACAGGCCUAGUUUGGGCUGCAGUCGUGCACAACAAUUGAUACUAAGCACAUUAAACACACAAUGCAUUGAAGUGCACCUCUAAGAUCCUUGGAGAAUAAGGAAGAUGUCUGAUGUUUGAUGUAUGCAUUAAUCUUAAAACAACAGGUUGAUAUUGAAACAAUGGAUUAGAGCAGAAAAGUCCCCAGAUUAGUCAGCCCACUCUUUUCUUUGAGUGCGUUUAUCUCCGUUUAGCAGAGUAUUUGAUAAAAAGAUCAAUCAUCACGAUAGACUAUGGGUUGGGUGUGGAUUUAAAAACUGAGAGCCAUUAACUACCUCCUGAACAGACGCUUUUCAAGGUGGUAAAUCUUUUACCUCAGCACGAAAUUUAGACCUAAGAUCCUGCUGUUUAAACACGCACAGUUCCUCAAGAUGUAGAAGUGACCCCAUCUGAAGCAGUUAACCCAGCGUCUGUGCUGGUUAAUCUGCAGGUUUCAUGGAAGUAGAUAAAACACUUUGUGGUGAUAAGUACCUCAUGUAACCCAAUUUGAACAUUCUGAACUAUCCCUUUAAACUUUCAGCGAUUUAUUUGUGCCAGUAUGAAUGUUUUAUCAAAGACAAAGCGAUUGGAUAAUACUGAUACCAUAACUAAGCAUAUUGUUUCUUAUUAAAUCUCUCUUCUCUGUGUAUCCCCCUCACCAUCCAUAUUUCUGUUUAACUCCCACCAGGAUCGAGUUUCUCCGACACAUAAGAGACUUCUUCCAGAUCAUGUUCAAGAUCGAGGUGCAGAAGCCUUCAGAGGAGGAAAGUAAAGGUGGCGACAAGGUCCUGAUGACAUGUGUUGGAGUUGGUUACAGCAAUAUAAACAAAACAUUGAAAUAAAACUAGCCUUUUUUUAAUUACUUGA